UUCGAACGAGACGGAUCUUGGCACGUUUCACGUAACAGCCGAAAAAAACUAUACAAAAUUGAGAGAUAAAAAAUCGACGCUCUUUUAAGUGGACGCGUUAGAAGCUCGUUUAACGCUCGGCUUUUUUUCUUAUCGAAACGAAAAGAUAAAUAAAUCACUCGAAUUAUUAAUAGUGUGACUUGAGUACUAUACUAAUAUUUUCAGUGUUUGACAAACGGUCGAGUGUUAAAAAAGUGAUGGGGAAUUAGGGCUAUUGACGAGUCUUCCCCGAGUCCCUUGGAUCCUUUUUUGUUUGCUUUUAAUGAAUUCCACCAGGGUGUUGAGCAAUAUUUGCAAGUAAAAAUAUCGACAAUGAUAACACGAGAGGAAUUGGCGAGGGACUAGAAGCCGCGCUUCAAUUAACUCGCUGUCAAUAAUUGCAGCGAAUUCCACUAACAAACCUCGUUGGUGUCAGUCACUCGUAACAACAUUACGAAUAAUAAUAGAUUGGAGUGUUGUGUGCGAAUACGAAUGAAAUUAGCAACUAGAAAAUUCGAUGACUCUCGGUGGCAUAGCGCGAUGCUCCGAUAUGAUUCUCGACAAAUUAAUCCUCGCGAUUAGCCGCAGCCCGUCAGCGGAAAUAUAACGUUCACUGUAAGCCAGCCCUCCCACGGCUCUGUGAUUCAUCCUGUGAUUUGUUAUCAGUGAUACUCUCUUCGUUAACGGCUCAUUGUUUUUCGUUGCUUCGGUUCUUACUCAGUGUUUUUCCAAAAUCAAAAUUUCCACCCGUCAUUUUUCCUGUCCAGCGAAAAUAUCACCACUUUUCCUCCUCUUUUCUCAACGGCGAACGGGAUAAAAUAAUAUUUGUUAUUAUGGAUGGGCCAAGCAGUCUGGAGACGAAGACUUGCGCAAUGAAGGAUACGAAAGUAACGAGGGUCAGAAAAACAUCGAAAUCGAUUCAGAGUCAUCGAACGAGUCGCGAUAACGUACUGGCCGAAGACUGCGAUCACGAAAUGAAUACAAGCACAAUUCUGGAAUCGAGGAGGAGGAGGGACAGUGAAAGCCAUCAAAUGAGCUUGGGAGGAAUAGUGGGGAGUACAAGGGGAGCCUCGAGAUUGAUGUUCCUGCUGGUGACAGCGUCAAUAUUCAGCGUGGGCAGGACAGGAUUUUGCCCGACUACUUGCACGUGCGACGACGAGACCCUCGUCGUAAAUUGUCUACACGGGAACCUCAACGUUAUACCUAUCGCGUUAAAUCCGAGUAUCCAACGGAUAGUGCUGAAAGAGAAUCGUAUAAGGGUCGUGGAGGCAGCUGCCUUUCAGUUCUACGGUGAUCUCAAAAACGUCGAUCUAUCGGACAAUCAUUUGGUUACGAUACCCGACGGCAGUUUCGAAGCACAGAAGCAACUCGUUGAGCUCGAUCUGAAGCACAAUCAGAUAUCGAACUUGACGAUACGUACUUUUACGGGUCUCAAGUCACUGACCAUACUGAAUUUACGUGGCAAUUAUCUUGAGGAAUUGAAGAGCGGUCUUUUCGCCUCUCUGACGAAAUUGGAGGAGCUCGAUCUUGGCAAAAAUCGUAUAUCGAAGGUUGAGCCAGGAGCGUUUCAGAAAUUGGGAGCUCUGAGGGUCCUCUAUCUCGACGACAAUCAAUUGAUGGCCGUACCCUCAACGGCUUUAUCACCUUUAAACGCUCUCGCUGAAUUGCACGUGAGUUUCAACGUCAUAUCUUCGUUGCCGGACGACGCUUUCAACGGCCUCGAGCGUCUCGCUGUUCUCGAUCUUGCAAGCGUUUCCCUCGACAACGUGAGCGACGGUGCCUUCCGUGGUUUGAACUCCCUCAGAACGUUGAAUCUCGGUGCGAACAAUUUGCGCGAAGUGCCGACCCGGCAAUUGGCUGUUUUGUCGCGUUUGGAGGAGCUGACCCUCGGCUUGAACUCGUUCGCAGUAUUGCGUGGAGGGGCCUUUCAGGGAUUGACCAAUUUGAAGAAGCUCGACGUAUCGGCAGCGAAGCUACUGACCACCGUCGAAAGAGGAGCUUUCGCGGACAACGGAAAUCUCGAGACUCUUAUACUGAAAAGCAACAAACGUCUGACGACCAUAGAAGACGGGGCUCUCAGCGGAUUGCCAAAUUUACGACAUCUCAUAAUGCCCGGUAACGCUUUUAAAACUUUUUCCGCAUCGCUCGUUGCCUGGGGCGAGAUGAGACGUUUGGACUUGAGCAACAACCCUCUUUCGUGCGAGUGUGGCCUCUUGUGGUUAUCGGAGGUUCUCGUCCCUCGUAAUUCCAGUCCAAUUUGCGCAGAGCCACCGGAAUCACGUGGAAAACCAAUAAGAGGUAUGACACCGGAUGAGUUGGGAUGCGCAUUUUCUGAUCCACGAAAGCAGGCUCUGUUGGCGACCCUUUGCGCUGCCGGGCUCGCACUUUUCGCCGGUCUCGCUCUUAUCCUUUACUACAGAUGCCGUAAGCGCGUGAGAGAUGCGCUGAAGGAUUACAAAUGGAAAAAUCGUGCGAUAUCGAGAAAGGAGCACGAGUAUCAAAAGACCUUUUCCGACGACGAGUACAUCGUUCGCGCGGCUCAUGCGCCGCACCAUCACCACCAUCACCACCAUCAUCAACAGCAGCACCAGCAGCAGCAUCUCCAUCAUCACCAUCAGCAACAGUUGCAGCAUCAUCAGCAGCACUUGCAACAACAGCAACAACUGCAGCAGCAGCAGCAGCAGCAGCAACAGCAGCAACAGCAGCAGCUCGGCUCGUCGGUAACGACAGGCAUAAAGCCGAUACCGGUGACGGAACUGUAG